CUCAGGAGAGGCUAUUUUCUGCUCUGAUCAUAAAAAGAACACAAAGUAAGAACUUUGUGCUUGCAAAAGCUCAGAAAGAAAACAUUAUGGUAGGGAGCAUGUGAAGCUCUAGCAUGGGAAACUGAAUUCUUGGGAAAGUCCUGGCAUGGAUGCUUUGGGUUUGUCAUUUGUUGGCAUCUCGGUUGAAGCCUGCUUCAAGAGUGAAGAGAAGAGAGAAAAGGCAGAUUUGGAAGCAGUCAAUUAUAGAUUUCUUCAAACGAGCUUCAAAACAAGACAGACAUAUGUUGGAUUCUCCACAAAAAUCAAACAUCAAAUAUGAAGGAAGUAGAUUGCCCAUCUCUGGAACAGAGCAAUUUGAAAGGAAACUAUCCUCACCAAAAAAAUCUAAACUCAAAAAGGUGUCGUCUGAAAAGAGCCCUAUUUUAGAAGCUUUCAUGAAAGGUGUUAAGGAGCACCGUAAAGAUCCUAGUGUGCAUGAGUCACGUCGGCCUUGUGUGUCACUGGCCUCCAAAUAUUUACCCAAAGGAACAAAUAUCUAUGUUCCGUCUUCAUAUUUGUCAAAGGACAUGAAGGCACUGAAGAAAAAACAUCAUCGAUCUCCAGAACGAAGGAAAUCACUGUUCAUACAUGAAAAUAGCAGGGAGAAGAAUGAUAGAGAUCGAUGCAAGACUAGUGCAGACUCCAAAAAGCAGACUACAGGGGCUGACAUCUUUAAGAACAGCCCCAGAAGUCUUAGUAGCAGAAGCAGCCUAUCAAGACACCACCCAGGAGAAAGUCCACUGGGAGCUAAGUUCCAGUCAUCACUAGCUUCUUACUGCAGAGAACGAGAACUAAAGAGGUUGAGAAAGGAACAGCUGGAGCAGAGAGUCAACUCAGAAAACUCUUUUUCAGAAACAAGCAGUCUUUCCCUAAAAUCUAAUGUAGAAAGAAAAUGUAAACCAAGGCAGGAACAAAGUAAACAGAAUGAUAUCAUACCUGGAAAGAGGAAUCUUUCAAACCUGGAAAAUGGACAUCCCUCAAGAAAAAGAUCCUCUUCUGAUUCAUGGGAACCUACUUCAGCAGGCUCUAAGCAGAAUAAAUUUUCUGACAAAAGAAAAAGGAACUCUGUGGACUCAGAUCUGAAAAGCACAAGAGAAUCUACAAUACCUAAGGCAAAAGAGUCCUUCCUUGAGAAGCGUCCUGACAGACAUUCAAAAACAUUUGUAAGAUCUAUUGCAUUGAAGGAACCUGGUGAUGUGCUACGCUUGGAAGAUAUAUCAAAGGAACCCAGUGAUGAAACUGAUCGCUCUUCUGCAAACUUGGCACCUUCAAAUUCUGGCCACCAUUCUUCUAGGAAUAGUGACCAAAAUCGUGUGACAAGUACCAAAGAGACUAAGAUACAGAAACCCCACUUACCUUUACCUCAGGAAAAAUCUACCAUGAAAAAAUCUAGCAACCUUCAGAAGACUAAAACUGCUAGCUCUCUGACAUCAAAAGAAGAGACAAAAUUUCUACCUUUACUUUCUCAUGUUCCAAAUGCUGGUUCCUCUCGAGUCCCAUUAGAUGCUAAAAAUUGCACUCAAGUUCCCAAAAAAGAGAAAGAUCGCUCCUCAUCUAAAGAAUGUUCUGGGCAUUCUACAGAAUCAUCCAAACACAAGGAGCACAAAGAAAAGACUAAUAAGGCUGACUCUAACAUGUCUUCAGGGAAAAUUUCUGGGGGAUCUUUGCAUUCAGAAUAUAGCACUCCAGCAAAGUCUCCCCCAGCUGCUUUGGAAGUUGUGCCAUGUGUCUCAGGCCCUACAAUACCUUCAGUUACAGCCCCGUCAGAUAAAGACAGUUCAGGAAAUAUCAAUGCAGGUAGCAGUGCACAGAAAAGAAAAUUCAGGGGUGAUUUUGAUAGUGAUGAAGAAAGUUUAGGUUACAAUCUAGAUAGUGAUGAGGAAGAGGAAACAUUAAAAUCACUGGAAGAAAUAAUGGCUUUGAACUUCAAUCAGACUCCUACAACUUCAGAAAAGCCUCCUCUUCCCAAGGGGCUUAGAUCUCAGUCAUCAGACUAUAUAGAACAUGUUCAUAGUGGAACUUACACAAAUACUUUAGAGCGUCUUGUGAAGGAAAUGGAAGAUACACAAAGGCUAGAUGAACUACAGAAGCAACUACAGGAAGAUAUAAGGCAGGGCCGAGGCAUUAAAUCUCCAAUCAGACUUGGUGAUCAAGAUAGUACAGAUGAUGAAGAUGGCCUCUUGGAAGAACACAGGGAAUUUCUAAAAAAAUUUUCUGUUACAAUUGAUGCUAUUCCUGAUCAUCAUCCUGGCGAAGAAAUAUUUAAUUUCCUAAAUUCUGGAAAAAUUUUCAAUCAGUAUACCUUGGAUUUAAGGGACUCUGGUUUUAUUGGACAAAGUGCUGUAGAAAAGCUUAUUCUCAAAUCUGGAAAAACAGAUCAGAUUUUUUUGACAACACAGGGGUUCCUUACCUCUGCCUACCAUUAUGUCCAGUGUCCUGUACCUGUGUUAAAGUGGCUGUUUCGGAUGAUGUCAGUUCAUACAGACUGUAUUGUAUCAGUGCAGAUUUUAAGUACAUUAAUGGAAAUAACAAUUAGAAAUGAUACUUUCAGUGACUCACCAAUUUGGCCCUGGAUUCCAUCCUUGUCUGACAUAGCAGCUGUGUUUUUCAAUAUGGGAAUUGACUUUAGAUCUUUAUUUCCUUUGGAGAAUCUUCAGCCAGACUUUAAUGAAGACUAUCUAAUUUCUGAAAUAUUGACACCAUUGGGGGGAAAAGGAAGUAAAGAAGAUUCAUCUUGUAAGCCAAUAUUUUCAACUCUUCCUGAAACCAACAUUUUAAAUGUAGUUAAGUUUCUAGGCUUGUGUACAUCUAUACAUCCAGAAGGUUACCAAGAUCGGGAAAUAAUGUUGCUGAUUUUAAUGUUGUUUAAAAUGAGUUUGGAAAAACAGCUGACACAGAUUCCUCUAGUAGACUUUCAGAGCCUCCUGAUAAACCUGAUGAAAAAUAUCAGAGAUUGGAACACAAAGAUGCAUGAACUCUGUCUGGGCAUAAAUAAACUCUCCAGUCAUCCUCACAACCUUUUGUGGUUGGUACAGCUAGUUCCUAACUGGACAUCACGUGGAAGGCAACUGAGACAGUGUCUAAGUCUAGUGAUUAUUUCAAAGCUUUUGGAGGAGAAACCUGAAGAUGUCCCUAAUGCCAGUAAUCUGCAGAUCUCAGACCUCAUCCCGUCCUCCACACCCUCAGCCAGAGGGGAUGGCCAAGAGAGAAGGUGGGGGGCGCGAAAGAGGGAGCAGCGCCCUUCUCCGCACCCUGCCCUGACGGCCCGCCUCCAGGCCCCCGCCCCACCCCCGGCUCCGCCUCCACCCCCGCCCGCCUCUGACCGCGGCCCCUUCCUCCCGCAGCUGGUGCUGUGGGGUGGCCAAGCCGCUCUUCACCGUCUCUAUGGCCCCGGAUCCCAGCGCAAAGGUGAGGGAGGCGGGGAGUGCGGGCGGUGGCGGGGCUGGGGGCCUAAAACCGGCGACAUCUUUCUUGUGGCCAUUCCACCCUCCGAGCUGGGCCAGGCCUCUCUCACUGCCAAGACCCCCGGUCCGGCAUAA